UCGUCCAACUCCGGCCCCUUCCGCUUGGUGCCGGCGGGGGGGGGCAGGACACGGCGGUACAGCGAGUGCCACCAUACCCUUGUAACAGCGUCCUUAACUUCACGCUCGUUACUCCGAUCCCUCCCCGCGCCGUGGGUGCCCCGGUGCGCUGCACGCCCUGCGCUGCAGCAGCCAACCCGUGAGGAACUACUUCGCGGUUCACUCUUGCGGAGGGCUACCUACGCGGAGGGAUUCCAUGCGCUAUAUAAGGGCCGCGCGGUGGCUGCCGGGCCUCUUUGCGCGGCGGUCGGGGUCGGGGCGUGGGGGUGCGCGCUGCUGCCGCCAUGGGCUUCGGGGACCUGAAGUCCGCCGCUGGCCUCCGCGUCCUCAAUGAUUUCCUGGCUGACAGGAGCUAUAUCGAGGGGUACGUCCCGUCUCAGGCUGAUAUAGCCGUCUUUGAAGCAAUCAGUGCUCCGCCUCCUGCGGACUUGUUUCAUGCUCUUCGGUGGUACAAUCAUAUUAAGUCGUACGAAAAGCAAAAGGCAAGCUUGCCAGGAGUAAAGAAGGCUUUGGGGAAAUACGGUCCUGCUGAUGUGGAGGACACAACAGGGGCAGCCACAGAUAGUAAAGAUGAUGAUGACAUUGAUCUUUUUGGAUCUGAUGAUGAGGAGGAAAGUGAAGAAGCAAAGAAACUGAGGGAAGAACGUCUGGCCCAGUAUGAAUCAAAGAAGUCCAAAAAACCGGCUGUUGUUGCCAAAUCAUCGAUCUUGCUUGAUGUGAAACCUUGGGAUGAUGAGACAGACAUGGCCAAGCUAGAGGAGUGCGUUCGAAGCAUUCAAGCAGAUGGAUUGGUCUGGGGAUCCUCCAAACUGGUACCAGUUGGCUAUGGUAUCAAAAAGCUUCAGAUCCAGUGUGUCGUUGAAGAUGAUAAAGUUGGAACAGAUAUGCUGGAAGAGAGAAUAACAGCUUUUGAAGAUUAUGUACAAUCAAUGGAUGUAGCUGCUUUCAAUAAGAUUUAAGUCUUGAGAUAUCUAGAAUAAAUGCAAUUGCAAAAAUC